GAUUUUUUGAUCUUCAUACUGCAGUAAUGAAUUACGUACCGUGGUGGACAAUGUGUUUUAGGGUCUUCGGAACUGCAAUGUCAAGAAAGAAAUCGACAAUAAGAUAGUCUUCUUAUAGUCCAAUUAAUUUUCAGGAACUCACAUUACUUGAAUUUUCGAUGACUUGACCUUUUUCGCCUCGACGGAUCGUUGUGGAAAUUAACUUCAUUACCACUGUUUUUAAUACUCAUUUUCUUUAGUGAAAAUGUGUGAAGAAAAGAGUGAUUCAUUACGCUAUUCAUAGGAAUAUGAUGUCUUCGAGCGGGUUUCGUCCUUUUGAUGAUCUUUCUGAGCAUUAUGAAGAUGAAUGGCUGCAACUGGGCCUAGAAGAUGAAACAUUGAAAUGUAAUAGUCCUCCUACAAGUGGAACAGCCGAUUUUGGUCUUACUGUGUCGACGCGGUCCUGUCCAUCGCCACUGAGCCAUAUCCCGACCCGCGAACCUUACCCUUCCGAGCCUCCACCGAAACUGUCCCCAGUGUCUACGGAGCAACAAACUUUCAUCACUUUAAGUAAUAGCCGUAUCCCUUCAGUACCUCCUGGUCCGUCGCAGCCCAUUUUGCAGCCUCCACCACAGGUCCAGUCAUCCGAGCUUACUAGUGUCGAAUAUGAACUAAAUCCAGAUUUGAGCGUCCUGUCAAUACCCUCCAGCUCUCCAAUUACUAAACCAGCAGAAUUACAGUUUACCCAACCAUCCGUUUCAGGUCUCCAUCAAAAUGGAGAUUUCGCAUCCUUUGUACAACUCGAACAAAGGGAGAAAAGAGCGGUUGUUCAACCUCAGCAGCAUCCUCCCGGCUGUGUGCAAGCUGUUAACGGACAAUGGUUUGUGCAGGCUCAAGUGCAGCAUGUUCAAACUAGUGCAGGAACAGUUAUAGCUGUAGUGCCAAAUUUUUGUCGACCACAAACGCAACCAUCGGGGAGCAACCAGAAUUUGUCGCAAGUGCAAGUUUCGCAGUCGCAGUUAGUCGCACAUCCUGUAGGGAAUGGACAAACAGUUAACACCGCUCAGCCUACGACAGUCGCUGCACAACAUGUGAUGCAGAACCAUCCGCACCAUCAGAUCCAGCAGCAGCCACAACAAAUCGUCCAUGCUACCCGCAUGCCUCGUUCACUUACCGCGGGCGUUACAUCCAGUACGCCACAACAGGGCCAGUCUGUUAUGCAGCAUUUAUUAUCACAACCAGCUAUUUCUCGUUCACAAGUUCAGACAACAGUUCAGGCAGUAACGUCAAUUCCAGCAAUUACUAAAAAGCAGCGUAAUUCUCAACCUCGAAAUGGACGCAGAAAGAACACUAACCAGGGCGGUACUCUGGGAUCUGUUCUGAUAAAAGCAAACAAACUUGCUGCUGCAGCAUCAACUGAUGCAUCCAUAAAUCAGUUGUUACCUCCAUCGCAUGGAAUUGAAAUGAGGUUGAGUGUACAGAACAGCGAACAGGUGGCUAAUCUUUCUAGGGAAAUAUCACGCUUGCAAAACCUUCAAACGGCUUAUAAUAUAGAUCAUUCAGCAGAGAUAAAGGAACUUGAAAAUAAGCGAGCGCAGAUAUUUUUCGAAGCCCUUGCGCAACAGCAUAAAGACAAGGACUUGUUGUCGGCGGUAAAUCCCAAGCCGAUGGCCUUGACUACACAUACCAGGCAAAGGAACCAUAAUAGGAAUAAUCAUAAUAGUGGACAAACAACUGUAGUAGUACAUCAAGUGCAGCCUUCUACAAGCUAUGAGCGGCAACAUCAACAGCAACCCGCACAUCGGCAACAACAGCAACAGCAAUCGAAUUAUGAAGCAGCAACACCGGCAAGAAUUCCGGUUUCUUGUCAGAAUUCAUACCAAAUUUCGACUCACUACACUCCGGCUCAUGAAACUCUUCAAAGCAAUCAAUUUAGUGUCCGUAACAACAAUCAGAUUCAGCAGGUGUCGACUGCGCAGUAUAGUUCAUACCGAACAACCGUCAGCCAACCGUCAAUGCAGCAGAAUCAAGUACGGGAAAAUUAUAUUCAUUCAGUGUCAAAUACUGUGCCGCAAACUGUUAUUUUGCAACCAGAACAGCAUUCCUCUCAUCGUGUAGUUCGUGAGGUACCUUGCGAACCACCUCCUCCACCGGUACCGCUAUUUCCGCCGCCAAUUCUUAGAUCAUCUGCUGAAUCCGCUGCAUGUAUUGCGAAGAAGAAAGUCGAAAGGACCAAAAGGAUCAAGGAUUACUUUUUAUCACUGCAUAAUUUUGUGGAACAUCCAGACGUGUCAUCGCCUUUCCAUGAUCUCUCAGAUGUGCUUCAGCGUCUUCUUCCGUUCCACGUCUUUUCCGAACCUGAUUUUAAUUCCGAGAUUCUGGAUACUUUUGAUUAUCAUUGUCUGCGACAUUUUGUGCAUUUAAACAACAGAAGGCAUAUUAUCGAGCAGCGGAUGCGAUCUUUGCUGUGUAAAGAAGCCAUGGAGGGAUAUAGUAAAGCGGAUGAGUGCCUUUUACUUUCACUUGAUGCGGAACAUGAACGUCGUCUGCUAGAUGAGGAAAAACGAAUGGCUGUUAUCUGUGGCAGAGAAAAAUUUGUGGCAAAUUCUGCAAUAUGCAUGAACGGAAUGGAUCUAGAAGGAUGUCGAAAGGAAUUGGUACCGAAAACUAUCCCAAAACUACACUUUGAUUACCAUACUUUCUCGGAGAGUGAAAUUGCUGCUCGUACUGUGAGCCCAUUCACAACGUCUGAUGGCGAAGAGUCUCUAGUUUUGACGGGUUCUGACGACGAAGAAAGGAUGCUUUCUGAUGUGACUGAUGAGAUGCUGUUUUCUGAAGAGACUACAACAGUAACCAAUACAGAAAGAGGCGCAAAUGAUCUCGAUAUAGAGGAGAAUGUUGCCAAAAGAAUUGGAGAGAAGAACCUGCCUACAAGUAAUUGGAUUGAUUCUUGUCCAUCACUUGAUUUACGUGCUACGGUUACAUGUUGCACUUCGCGGAGGAAAAGUGAUUCAAUAAGCUCGCAUCAGGAACUGUAUUCGCCAGUCAAUGCUGAUCUACCUGAACAAGUGUUCGUUGUAAAAAGUACGGUACCUUCUAUUAAAUCAACUGAACAGGUGGAAGCGGUCAUUGCUUUAGCACAUGCAACUACGCUGGAGAGAAUUUCAUCACCCACCAUCGCGGAAGAAAAUGAAGGCAUCGAAAACUGUGUUCCGAUAGAAGAUAGCAGUAAAAUUAGCGAAGCAAGCUGCGACAAUGAUAGCUCGCAAGUUCUAGAACAUAAAGAAGAGACUGAAAAGAUUGAGAGACCUCCAAUUCGAAUAAAAAUCGCAUUAACUGAUGCCACUUUGAAAAACUGUUUGAACAAAAGCAGCGGCAGGAAGAAUAAGGAAAAGAAGAAGAAGAAGAAGAAGAGGAAGCACUAUGAUUCCAUGAAGAUCUGCAGUGGAGAGGUAAAUGGUUUACUGCCGAGUUGUUCGGGACUGGAGGAUAUAAAAUCGGAAGAUGCCGCCUUACAUCGUGAUGACACAUCUCAUCCACGUAUUCUUAUGCGUAUAACGCGUAAAAAUAAUAUUGUAUCAGUGACAGAUCCGCGAACGAAUCAUAUAUCUCUGCAUAUAACACCAAAAAGUAGUCGGAGUUUUUCUGUAUUCUAG